ACCAGACAACGCGGGGCUUCAAAAACUGAAAUCCAUAAUAACUUGGCCUUCAUGUCUGACAGCCGUCGAGCGACGUGUUUUUCAAGUCGCACAAUAUUGAAUGGACUCACGAAUGAAAGUGAAGGCUAUCAAUGUUUACAUGUAUUCAUCAGAUAAAAUGGAGCAACUCGAUUGUUUCACGACACCCACCUACGAUCGUGGUGGAUUAUAACUAAAUGCUUAUCAAUACUUUCUUGCGAUAACACAUCAAGACAAUGAAGGACAAGGAAGAACUGGAGGAGACUCUAAAGAAACUGUUAGUGAGAUUGAAAAAUCUUGAAGAAGGAAAGCAGUUAAGUACGCUGGUUCAAAUCAUCGAAGACCUUAUUUUCCUGGCCCAUACAGAUGGAUGUGCAGCUGAACUGUUCGAAGACAAAGCGGUUCAGGGGCCUCUUAUGGUUGUACUGUCAUUUUACAGUAACAGUAAAAGAGUGCAGCAGGCAGGAUGGUCCUUGCUGUGUCGGCUAAUAGAAAUAUGUCCUAGCACCUUAGACCAGUUGACCAAGCCUCUGGAAGCAGGGAAAGACUGGGAGGUAUUGGGUGUGCACCAGCAGAUCCUGAAGGUGCUUUCCCAACACAGCAGAGACUGCCGGACGAUGAUGGUGGGGCUCAGAACACUGGCUCUCCUCCUCCAAUCAGACAUCAUCAAGCUGUUGGUUCUAGAUGCUGAGGAGGAUGUAUUUGACCUGAUUGUGGGUGCUAUGAAGGAGUUUUCCUCCAGCGAAGAAGUUCAACUUCAAGGUUUCCGUGCUCUGCAGCUGUUGUUGGAACAAGUGAGCGAUGACCACCUGGUGGAGUUUGUGGAGAACAAGGACCACAGUGUGGUUCUAGCAGCACUCCUGAGUUCCCAGGCCAGUGAAGACCUGCUUCUACAGGCCAUGAAGGUUCUGCUCCCUCUGGCAGGACCCGCCAGCAACGUGGAGAUCCUCAUGUCCGGGGGAGCACGUUGUUACAGUGUUGUGGCGGGAGCCAUGGACUCUCACCCAGCACUGGAGCCUCUGCAGGAAGUUGGUUGCCAAUUAAUCAGGAAGUUCACCGCAGUGUGUUACUACAAUAUCCUGGUGCUGAACGGUGUGCAUAGAGUCCUGGUGAGGGCUAGUGUGACCUACCCAGAGAACACUACCCUGCAGGCCGCUGCCCUCUCCUGUCUGGCCGAACUCACCGGGACGAUCAUGGAGAGUAAGGUGGUGGUCCAGCAGGGUCUGGAUGAGGGAGAGGAGGAGCAGGUUGGAGGGCAGGUGGAGGUGGACGGCAUGGACCUGUGCUGGAUGAAGGCUUGCUGCACAGCCCUGGAGCUCCACGCAGCAGAUUCCACCGUCCAGGAAGCUGCAUGUUGGGCCAUUCACAACCUGUUACUACAUGGGAGUGGACUAGAUUAUUCCAUAGUGGACCAGGAAAAUAGGGCGCCUGUCCACAGACAGGUAAUGGCUGCCAUGCUGCUCCACUCCUCCUCUGUCAGGGUGUUCCAGGCUGCCGCCUGUGCCUUGGGCACGCUCAUCACAUUUAACCCUAAAAUGCAGUCUCUGCUGUUGUCCAAUGGCCUCCAUGUCAACGUGGUGGAGAUGAUGAAGAGACACUUGAAUUCUCCAGAAGUUUCCGCCAGCGGCUGUCAGCUGCUGCAUCUGCUGUUCAGGGGAAGGACUGCCAAUCUGGAUGAGAUGAACAUGGCCAUGAAUCAGAUCCUGGCGGCCAUGAAGGUCCAUAACUUCCAGCCUGAGGUCCAGGUGGAGGCCUUGAGAGCCAGCCUGGUCUUCCUCUGCCCAGACCGGCGCCUGCGGGAGCAUGGUGUCUCGGUGGAAGAUCCAGACACUGUGGAUGUCUCUCUGAGGGUGCUGAAGAACCAGUGUGUGGUGGAAGGGGCUCACACCAUCUACCUGGAGGCCCUCAACAGGUUCAUCGGCUGCUCAGCUGUCCAGGAGAAUGGUCUGAGGGUUUUGUCUGCCCUUGCUGAUUGCUCCGGUGCAGUGGACCUGCUCUGCCAGCAGGGGGCCAUAGACACGGUGCUGCACACACUACAGAUGUUUCCCCAGGAACAAGAAAUACACUACUGGGGUUUGAAUCUACUCUGCUACCUGGUGUCUAAGAAGAAGCUAUCAAGAAUGAUCGUCCCUGUCCUGGCCUCGGUCCUUGUCACCUCCCUCAUAGAGUACAAGGACUACCCCGAGAUGCUGUUGAAGGGUUUCCAGGUGGCUCUGCGCAUGCUGGACGCCUGUUCAGGGGCGGCGGGGGACCUGCAGAAGGAGGACUUUGAUCGGCAGGUCUUCCAGCAGCUCAGAGACGGCCCUUCUGACCUGUACAGCAACCCGCUGCGCAAGGCGGCGUGCCUGGCCCUGUCCAAGAUGGCGUCCGAGGCCGACCUGAGGUACGGCAUGCUGGAGAAGGCAUGCGAGGACGGGGAUGAGGUCAUGGCUGAGUGUCUCAUCCAGCUGGGCGCGGACGUCAACAGGAAGCCCAAGACCGAAUCCCUCAUAUACCAGGUGUGCGAGAAGGGCGGGACCCUGGCCCUGGUUGAGCUGCUGCUGAGCCGUGGCAUCCACGAGCAGCACCUUCGGAGCGCGCUGGCUGCCAGCACGCGGAGAGGAGACGGGCCCGCCAUCAUCCUCCUGCUGGGCUGCCUGGGGCUGGACCGCCACAACGGAGCCCUCUGUCUGGGCGGCUUCAGGCUCGGACGGCUGGACGCCGCCUGGCUCGGCCCCCUGCUGGUGGACCGGGGGAGAGCACGGAGCCUGCGCGACCACAACAGUAAAGGUGCACGUCUGGGCCAGUACGUGUGCUCCUUCCAAAGAAUCAAAAGCACCCCAUGUCCUCUUAGGUCACUAGCUGACCCCUGUCUGACCUCUGGCUACAUGUCGGACGAGAGCGAUGACUCCAGCUUCGUCUCCCUGGAAGACAGCUUGGUGUUCUACGAUGACAUGGAAAGCGAUGGAAGUGAUUCCCUGUCUUUAGCCCUUAAGUCACCCAACGACUCAUCAGAAGAGUGGAGAGCAGGAUCUUUCAAGAAGAAACAGAGCCGUCGCAGACAUGCUAGUGCAGAGGCUGGCCUGUCUGAGGUUGAGCCUGGGGAGCCUCACAGGAGAUAUGGCAGGACUGGCUCCAACCAUAAAAGAGUCUACUCCCCAGUGUUGGGGUCAGGGGAUAAUUCUGCCUCCCCGAUUGGGGAAAGAGAGAGGAUCCGGCUGCUGGACCUAUCAGGGAAUGAGCUGGAGUCUGUGUCCUGCCUGAUGGACAGGGGUUUUGUCCAACAGCAGCUGGAGCACCUGACUCGCCUGGACCUGAGCCAGAACAGCCUGUCAGAGUUCCCAUCCACGCUGUGUGAGAGCUUGAUGAGUUUGACCCGUCUGGAUCUCCAAGGUAACCAGCUCCAGUCCUUGCCAGUCGAACUUCUCGCCUUGCCCUCGCUGAGCACGCUCAAUGUGUCUCGCAACUCUGUGGGUCCUCUUCUGACCCUUGACCCCGCACUGACCUGCCCAUCGCUACGGCAGCUCAACUUGUCCUUCAACCAAAUCACCACCUUCCCUCAACAGCUGGGCAGAGCCAUGGUGCGACUGGAAGAGCUGUUUCUGGAAGGGAACAGAAUGAGUGAGCUAAGUACUCCUCUGUGUCUGCCUGAGAUGAAAAUUAUUGACGUGAGCAAGAACAGCGUGGAGAGCAUCUCCUCCAACUUCCUGUCUGGCUGCCCCAAGCUCGAGAGCUUCAACGCCUCCAAUAACAAACUCAAUUCCUUGUCACUCCUCCCCUCAAAAAUAGCAACGCUGAAACUAUCCAAUAACAGUUUCAGCUACAUUCCAAAUGAUGUGCUCAAUCUUCCAAAUUUGCGUUCGGUGGACAUGAGGACCAACAACAUCCAGGUUCUACCCGGCCCGGGUGCGUGGGCUUCGGUAAACCUGCGUGAACUGAUUUUCAGUCAGAACCGUAUUGAAGCUUUGGACCUCAGUGGGCCCGUGCACAAGUGGGCCAGACUGGAGAAACUCCACCUGAGUCACAACAAGCUUACCGAGAUCCCCCCUCAGAUGGGCCAGCUGGAGGAGCUGACCUCACUGGACGUGAGCCACAACGGGGGCCUGCGCUCCUUCCCUGACGAGAUGGGCCAGCUGGGCCGGCUGUGGGACCUCCCCCUGGAGGGCCUGCGCCUCCAUCUGGACCUCAAACACAUCGGCAACAAGACCAAGGACAUCGUCAGGUUCCUGCAGCAGCGCCUGAAGAAGGCCGUGCCGUACCACCGCAUGAAACUCAUCGUCGUGGGGAAUGCCGGGAGCGGCAAGACCACCCUCAUCCGGCAGCUCAUGAAGCUCAAGCGCUCCCAGCAGACGUCGCAGCGGACCACGGCAGGCAUCGACGUCUGCGACUGGACCAUCCGGGACCGCGACAGAAGGAACAUGGUCCUCAAUGUGUGGGACUUCACCGGUGGGGAGGAGUUUAGCGGCUCCCACCCCCACUUCCUGACCCCCAGGGCGCUCUACCUGGUGGUGUACGAUGUCAGCAAGGGCGCCGCCCAGGUGGAAUCGCUCAAACCCUGGCUGUUCAACAUCAAAGCGGUGGCCCCGCUGUCGCCCGUCAUCCUGGUGGGCACCCACGUGGACGAGAGCGUGGAGGCCCAGCUGCAGGCCUGCCUGGAGCGGAUCCGAGAGGAGCUGCUGCAGCGCCACGGCUUCCACGUGGUCAGGGACCACCACAUGGUGUCUGUGCUGGAGGACCUCGACGCCGUGGCGAAGCUGCGCAAGGCCAUCGCUCGGGAGGUGACCGGCUUCAAGAUGCAGGGCCAGCCGGUGAUGGGGCAGCUGGUCCCAGAAAGCUACGUGGAGCUGGAGCGGAGAGUGUUGCAGGAGAGGGCCCGGGCCCCCGCGGAGUUCCCCGUCCUCCAGCACCAGGCCCUGCUGCGGCUCAUCCAGGACAGCCCCCUGGAGGAGGCGGAGCUGCCACACGCCAUCCACUUCCUCAGCGAGGCCGGUGUCCUCCUGCACUUUGACGAUCCUGCCCUCCAGCUUAGAGAGCUGUACUUCAUCGACCCGCAGUGGCUUUGCGACAUCAUCUCGCAGAAACUGACCGUGAAGAGCUCAGGGUCCUGGGAGCACCCCAAGGGAGUUGUCCAGCGCUCGCUGGUGGAGAAGCUCUUGUCUGAGAGCAAGUGUUUCCCCAUGAACUAUCUGACCCAGUACCUCAAACUCCUGGAGAAGUUCCAGAUCGCCCUGCCCUUUGGGGUCGACCAGCUUCUAGUACCCAGCAGCCUUCCCAAGUCCAGGCCGGUGAUAGAGCUGCCCCACUGUGAGAACUCGGAGGUGAUUGUGCGCCUGUAUGAGAUGCCCUACUUUCCCAUGGGCUACUGGUCACGCCAGAUCAACCGUCUACUGGAGGUCUCCUCUUACUUGCUGCGUGGCAGAGAGAGGGCUCUUAAGCCCAACAGGAUCUACUGGAGGAGAGGCAUCUACCUGAGCUGGUCUCCAGAGGCCUACUGCCUGGUGGAGGCCAGCUCUCUGGAGGGAAGCUCCGCCAGCUUCGUCAAGAUCACAGUGCCCUGCUCACGCAAAGGUCACGUGCUGCUGGGCCAGGUGACGGACCACAUGGACUCCCUGCUCGAGGAGUGGUUCCCUGGCCUGCUGGCCACGGACAUGCACGGCAGCGGGGAGACCCUGCUGAAGAAGUGGGCCCUGUACAGCUACGAGGACGGCCAGGACUGGAGCAAGAUGCUGCUGGAGGAUCUGUUCAACCACAUGGAGAACGACUGUCUGCUGGUGAACCCAGACGACCCUCACUGCGUCCUGCCCAUCUCUCAGAUCGCCCCAGACCUCAUCCUGAGCGACCAGCCGGCAGAAACCAUGCUCCACAACGAGGAGCUUGACUUCUCCAAGGAGAACCCACUGGGGGAUGGCGGUUUUGGGACUGUCUACCGGGGAGUCUACAAAAACGAAGAAGUUGCGGUGAAGGUUUUCAACAAGCAUGCGUCUAAGAUCUACAUCCACCGCUUGCUACGACAGGAGUUGGCAGUGCUCGGCCGCCUCCACCACCCCAGCCUGGUGGCCCUUCUGGCAGCCGGCUCGGCCCCCCAAGCCCUGGUGAUGGAGCUGGCCCCUCGCGGCUCCCUGGACUCCCUGUUCGAGCAUGAGAACGGCAGUCUCAACCGCAAGUUACAGCACCGCAUCGCCCUGCAAGUGGCUGACGGACUCCGAUACCUGCAUUCCUCUAUGAUCAUCUACCGCGACCUGAAGCCCCACAACAUCCUUCUCUUCAACCUCAAGACGGACUCUGAGAUCAUCGCCAAGAUCACAGACUACGGCAUCGCCCAGUACUGCUGCAGCAUGGGGGUGCGCACCUCCGAAGGAACCCCAGGUUUCAGGGCUCCAGAGGUCGCCCGGGGCAAUGUGAUCUACAAUCAGCAGGCGGACAUCUUCUCCUUCGGCCUGCUUAUUUACGACCUGCUGACGUGCGGCGAACGCAUUUUGGACGGCAUGAAGUUCCCCAGCGAGUUUGACGAGAUGGCCGUGCGGGGGAAGUUACCAGACCCUGUGACGCACUAUGGCUGCUGUCCGUGGCCCGGCUUCCAGACCCUGAUGAAUGACUGCAUGAAAGAGAGUCCCCAAAACAGACCUACCUCUGCACAGGUGUUUGACAGGCUGAACUCGGGGGAGAUGCUGUGUUUGAUGAGGGAGCUGGUGGUGAGCCAGGCGCCCAAUGCGGAGUGUUUCACCGUGGGGGCGCCCAGCGGUGGAGACCAGGUCAAGGUCUGGGUGGCUGGUGGCAGCAGCACCCAGAGAAUAGGCUGCAUCUCCGAGGUGGACCUGGACACCCACACUGUCACUGACCAGCUUCAGAUCGACACCAGUCCCGUCCUAUGCCUGGUGGCGCUCCAAGUCCCCGGCAAGGCCUGCGAUUGGCUGGUGGCGGGCACCCAGGCUGGAACCCUGGUGGUCAUCAACACCCAGGACAUAUCAUCAUGCCACCACCUACAGAGUGUCACAGAUGCUGUGACCUCGCUGUUUUUCCACUCUCAUCCUCAGCUAAACAAAAAUUACUUGCUAGUCGGGACCGCAGAUGGAGUUCUGACGGUUUAUGAAGAGUCUGCUCUCCAGCAGGAGAACGGGAGGCCGGUCAAAAGCGUCAACAUCGGGAAUGUCAACACCCCCCUCGUGUGUCUGGGUCAGUCGGCCCACUCCCUGGACAGGAGCACGGUGUGGGCAGGCUGUGGGACCAGAGUCCUGUCCCUCUCUGUAGACUACGACAUCUGGAGGACCAUCAACACAAAGCCCAACUUCACCCACCAUUUGCAGAGGACAGCGAGCAGCGAGGCGUGUGUGUCACGUGUGGUGGUGGAGAAGCACGUGUACUUGAGCAAAGCCGGGGGCCAGACCGUCGAGGUUUGGGACAAGAAGAGUGAGAGGAUGGUGGACUGCAUUGACUGUUUCCAGCUAAUCAGACACGGCUCCAGUCGGAGGCCCACGCAGGGCUACCCUGAGAUGCCUCCCUGGGCUUGUGUCAAGGCUCUCAUGGUGCAGCCCGGGGCCAGCCUGUGGAUCGCCACCAGGGGGGGGUACCUGCUCCUGUUGGAACUGUCUAACCACCAGGCGCUGCAAGUCAUGAGCCCCCACUGCCAGUCUGUCCGCGGCAUGGCCUGCGCACUCAUAGAGACACUGAACCGUGAUGAUGUGGUCCUGGUUUUGGGGCGAAGGUUUUCCCAGGGUAGGAGUCAGAGUGGAGGAGACGAGUCGGUGCUGAUGUUCUGGAACAGUGCCCUUCCACGGGAGGUGAAGGAUCUGAAGAAACACUGUGAGAAGAGGGAGGAGAUCGCAGCCAAGAUGAGAGAGCAGCUCCACGACUGACUCAGAGACACGCAACUACGUAUGAUGUACGGAACCACACCUGGAGGGCAUACUUGCUCUGUCUCCUACGAAUGAUACUCCAACCAUAGAACAUUCUGGACUGCUUUACUGAGAAACGGGACAACCUAGAGUAGAACACAGCCUAGUCUACAUUGACAGUUGCCUAGAAAUCUUUCAAAGCUGGCACUACUAGAUACUAGGACCUGGCCUUGUAUGACCUCAAAUGACUCCCAUAUAUCAUUGUUAUGCUGAUCCCUCCACCAGUGAUAAAACAACAGUAAAUGUUUCCUAUAGAUUUGUUUAAACAUUUUUACCUUUUCUGUAGAAUGUACAUUAAAAAGGGACAGAAAUUCAGUUGGAACAUUCUGCUUCGCGCCUUAGAUUACCUCAUUUUCUGACAGCCAUACUUUUCAAUGUAACCACCAACCUACCAAUGUAAUCUAACAAUUAAAUGUUAAAUAACGGUCAAGGAGGUUAUUUAACACCGUUAUAAGCCGCUGUGAUAGAAGCUGUUAUUUGCUUUCUGUUAGGUCAGAAGGGUAGAACACUCUGCCAUAUGCUGUUACCCUACUCAGUGGAACUGCUUAAGACUGCUUUCAGUUUAAAAGGGAUACAAAUAACAUUAUUUGUAUUAUAAUUAUGAAUAAUUAUAACUUGUGUUGUCAUAAUGAAUCUGGUUAAUGUACUCAGGAAAAUCUCCUGUUCCCAAAUUUGUGUUUACAUGUGAAAUACCACUACUAUAAAAAAAACUGGACACUUAGCCAAAUGGAGAGAACUAUGACUUCUCUAAAGGCCAUAUUUGACUAUUUAUUGUAAUGUGUGUUUGUUUACCAGCAAGCCAAGGCACUUCUAACCAGUGUCUUCCCCCUUACCUAAGAUGUCAAUGAGACACACGGUCCUAUGUAAAACUUGAAUGUUUUCAUUAUGUCUAAAAAUACAUCUCAAUAAAUUAUAUUUUAUGUAUUGUAA